CUCCACCCCGCCGCGGCCGAGCCCCAGCCCUGGGGGAUCCGGCCUUAGGUUCUUUGUAAGGCCGUUUUCUUCUCUCCUUCGCUGAUCCGCCAGGAAGAAGAGACUCGCCAACGUUGGCGCUUCGGCCUCUUGUUCAUUGAGAAAAAAAAAAAAAAAAAAAAAAAAAAAAAAAAAAGAACAAACAAUGCGCUUCUGGAAGGGGGGUCGCCUCUCUAGCCCCGAUUCCAGGAGGGUUCCAACGGUGGAGGACUGGGUUCCGAAUUUCCCCGCGGCUUCCCCCACCCCCUUCCAUCGAUUGCUUGGAAGUUGGACUGAAGCAGAGUUUGGAAAGAAGGGGAAAAGUUUGCAUCGGGGCUGGAUUUAUUUGCACAUCGCAGAAAGAAGAGAAUCCAAGGGAGAGGGGUUGGUGCAAAGCCGCGAUCACGGAGUUCAGAUGUGUUCUAAGCCUGCUGGAGUGAACACACUGCCAAGACCUGAUGGAGGCCAGAGCUCAGAGUGGCAACGGGUCGCAGCCCUUGCUGCAGGCGCCCCAUGACAGUGGCAGGCAGCGUGGGGAGCCGGACCCCAGAGAUGCUCUCACCCAGCAGGUACAUGUGUUGUCUCUGGAUCAGAUCAGAGCCAUCCGAAACACCAAUGAGUACACAGAGGGGCCUACUGUGGUCCCAAGACCUGGGCUGAAGCCCGCUCCUCGCCCUUCCACUCAGCACAAACAUGAAAGACUCCACGGUCUGCCCGAGCACCGCCAGCCUCCCAGGCUCCAGCCCACGCAGGUCCAUUCUUCACGGGCCCCACUGUCCAGGUCCAUCAGCACCGUCAGCUCAGGGUCUCGGAGCAGUACAAGGACCAGUACCAGCAGCAGCUCCUCGGAACAGAGACUGUUAGGAUCAUCCUUCUCCCCAGGGCCUGUUACUGAUGGGAUAAUCCGGGUGCAGCCUAAAUCUGAGCUCAAGCCUGGUGAGCUUAAACCACUGAGCAAGGAAGAUUUGGGUUUGCAUGCCUACAGGUGUGAGGACUGUGGCAAGUGCAAGUGUAAGGAGUGCACCUACCCAAGGCCCCUGCCAUCAGACUGGAUCUGCGACAAGCAGUGCCUUUGCUCUGCCCAGAACGUGAUCGACUAUGGCACUUGCCUAUGUUGUGUGAAAGGUCUUUUCUAUCACUGCUCUAAUGACGAUGAGGACAAUUGUGCUGACAACCCAUGUUCUUGCAGCCAGUCUCACUGUUGUACUCGAUGGUCGGCUAUGGGUGUCAUGUCCCUCUUUUUGCCUUGUUUAUGGUGUUACCUUCCAGCCAAGGGUUGCCUUAAAUUGUGCCAGGGGUGUUAUGAUCGGGUUAACAGGCCUGGAUGCCGUUGUAAAAACUCAAACACAGUUUGCUGCAAAGUUCCCACUGUCCCCCCCAGGAACUUUGAAAAGCCAACAUAGCAUUAUUAAUCAGGAAUAUUACAGUAAUAAGGAUUAUUCCUUUUUUUUUUUUUUUUAACACGCAUAUGCAACCAACUAAACAGUUGUAAUCUUGGCACUGUUAAUAGAGGGUUGGGGUAUUCGCUGUUUGCAGUGAGAUGCUUUUUUUUUCUCUUGGUCCAUGUGCCAUUUUAACCGAUAUGCUUGCUAGAAUUCAUCUAAUGGGACUCAGAGGAAGGGGGACAGAACUUGGUGACCUACAUAUUGCAUAAGCUAAAGCAACAGACACUCCUGGGCAAAGUUUUUUUGUUGGUGAAUAGUCCUUGCAAAGUUUGUAAAUUAGCAAAUGACUCUUCCCCCAUCGUUUCUCCAGAGAUAAUGUGCUAUAUUUUUGUAUAUACAAUAAUAUUUGCAACUGUGAAAAACAAGUUGUGCCAUACUACAUGGCACAGUCACAAAAUAUUAUACUAAUAUGUUGUACAUUCGGAAGAAUGUGAAUCAAUCAGUAUGUUUUUAGAUUGUAUUUUGCCUUACAGGAAGCCUUUAUUGUAAGACUCUGGUUUCCCUUUGGACUUCGUGUAUAUUGUACAGUUACAGUAAAAUCCAACCUUUAUUUUCUAAUUUUUUCAACAUAUUGUUUAGUGUAAAGAAUAUUUAUUUGAAGUUUUAUUAUUUUAUAAAAAAGAAUAUUUAUUUUAAGAGGCAUCUUAUAAAUUUUGCCCCUUUUAUGAGGAUGUGAUAGUUGCUGCAAAUGAGGGGUUACAGAUGCAUAUGUUCAAUAUAAAAUAGAAAAUAUAUUAACGUUUGAAAUUAAAUUCAGCUUGUCUUAUCUUAUUUUACCUGUUUGUUUCUUUCAAAUGCAAGAAACCAUAUUUUCUGUCAAGGCAUUUUACUAAAAUCGGUACGCUUAUCUGUAGAAGAUUCCUUUUAUGACAGCUGCUUUAAAGUAAAGCAAGUUUGCUUUUAGAGAUAAUGCUACCUGUCAAGAGAGGAAACAAGAGAAUAUUUGACUCUGAAUUGCUUUAAUCUUACAAACGGACUUUGGCUAUGUCACUGCCCUAUUGUUCCCUGUCUCUCUGCAGACUUGCUAGCUUGCCUUUACUGGGCAGAGUGGUUUUGUUAUUUUGAGGUUUCUUAUUUAGAAAACCUUCCAAAAAGAUUAACAGAUUGGAUUUUUUUUUCCUAAUGCACAGUAUUAAAAAUAAGUAUCAUGAAGAUAGUAAAAACUAGAGGAAUGAGUUUGUUCAAGAAUCACAGUGCUGUCUGAAUUAAAUAUGGAGUAUACAUAUGCCUGGAUGGAUCCUUUAUAAUUGGGGAAAAAAAUGUUUUCUUGACUUAACCGGUCAUGGCUGUUUUUCCUAGUGUAUUUGGCUUAGACUCUGUAGUUCACCAUCAUUCACCAGA